UUAUUACAGGUCUCUUUCUUGGAUCUUUCAUCUCAUCUCAACAAAUAAACCGCACAUCCUCUCUCUAUAAAUAACACAAAAUCCCUAUUUCUUUUCUUCCUUCAACAGUUUCUAUUUCUCAACAACAAUUUCUUCACAAUUCAAUCUAUUCCAAAAUAUCUGUUUUGAUCUGAAAAAUGGGAGGUGGAAAAGACAAUAAUGAUGAAUCUGCUGACAAGGGAGUUUUCUCACAUUUAGCUCAUGGAUUAGGAGGUGGUCAUGGUUACCCACCUGGGGCCUACCCGCCACCACCAGGGGCAUACCCACCACCACCCGGACAUGGCUACCCUCCACAUCAAGGGGGUUAUCCUCCAGCUGGUUAUCCCCCUCCUGGUGGUUACCCUCCUGCUGGUUAUGCUCAUGGUGGCUAUCCUCCUGCUGGUUAUCCACCACAUGGUUAUCCUGGUCCAUCUGCUCCACAUGCCCCAGGGCCGUAUGGGCAUGCCGGACACGGUGCUAUGGGGGGUGGAAUAGGUGGAUUGAUUGCCGGUGCAGCUGCUGCAUAUGGUGCUCACCAUGUUGCCCAUGGCCACUAUGGACAUGGAGGAUAUGGUCACAUGCCCCAUCAUGGGAAGUUCAAGCAUGGAAAAUUCGGCAAGCACGGGAAAUUUAAACAUGGAAAGUUUGGAAAGCAUGGCAUGUUCAGGAAGUGGAAGUGAUCCUACCUAUCCAUGUAUAUACAAACCACUGCUGCUGCUGAUUGCUUUUAUAAAUAAUCUUUACUUCGUAUGAUGCCAAUCUAUACUUGGUCGAACUCUUGUAUUUUUUUAUUGUUGCUCUGCCUGCCUAAGAUGAUUAAUCAAGUUCAUGCCUAUUUUGUUUUGCUGUACAUUACCACUUUACCUUGGUUGGUUUAUCAUAUUAAAUGGAGAUUGGAUCAAUCUUUGUCUUUUAAGCUUGUGGAA